AUGAGCUCUCAGAGUGUAUUUGAGGCCAAUCCAUAUGCUGGACAUCACAGUCUGUCGACUCUGGAGGCCGAGGUUCUUUGGGAGUACGCGAAGCUCAACCAGCACAUCAAGGACCUCAUCGUACAGACACGGCGUUUGACGGAGAAGCCGGACGAGCUUCUGAUCGAGCGCCUACGCAUACUAGAGCACAAGAUGGGAUUGGUAUUCACGGUGUUCAAAGCAUCCGCAUGGGCCAUCAUUAGCGACCGCGAAUACGCCGCUGAGCAGUCGCGGCUGGACGGCAACAGCGUACUUGAUACGACAAUACAGCAAUGA